AUUAAUAGGUUGAACAUAUAUAGUGACAAGUGAUAUCAACACUGAAUGAUAUAUUAUGAUAGGUAUUAUAGACUGAAUUGUAAAUAUUGAACAUUGUAAGCUUUAGAGAGCGAAUAUUGAAUAGGACUUAAUUUUUAUACAAGAAUGUGGAUGUGUUGUCUAGUGAUAAUCCUUGUGCCUUAUUAAAUUAUUUUAGGUGAUAUGAAAGAAACUCAAUAGUAUCUGUUAACAGUUGCAACGAGUUAUAUGAUAAUAAUGGAGGGUAUCUAUAAAGUGAAUUUAAUCGCAAGCGACUUGAGUGCAGAGGAGACCGUCCUGCAGAUCGCGGAUACACUGGACAAUCUGAAUGGGAUCAUAGAUGACGUAUUUUCUCGCCUCUCUUGCCGCAUAAAACAGAACAUAGACAAAACUAACAAAUUGAAAAAUAGGAUAGAAACAUCAAGAGCGAAAGUAGAAAAGCUGACCGGAAUACAAAAGGCUAUUAAAGUGUUCUCCAGCGCUAAGUAUCCAGCGUCUAUUGUACAUGAGCAUUACCAGUCGGUAUUCGGUUUAGAUGGUUAUCAACACCAACCUAAGAAAAUAACUCUGAGCGGUAAAAGCCAGGGGCAGUCGGGCAGGAAGGAAUCGCAGGACAAAAUUCAUUUCUACCAUGUAAAAGUGGCCGAACCCAAAAUACAACCGAAAGAUGAUUUCGAUUUCCACUCUAUAAUUGAAAAGGUGACGACUGUUGGGGAACUUUUGAUUUUCAACACCAAUGAGAGUCCAUAUCUUGACCCUCCAACCAAACCAGCGUAUGUGCCAACAAUUAGUACCAACGUUGCAAGCAAGAGUUUGUUAGAAGCUGCGCCGACUUCUAUUAUGAGGAGAGACAUAUUAAAAAGAGAAAUGGACGAGUAUAUGUACGCUCCAGGCAUUGGAAUGGUACCAGAAUUGGAGAUGCCCCUGGACUUGCCCCAUUUGCCGGGUAUAGCUGGGGACGUGCAGUUCUCUGUGCCAACUGAGGGAUCCAUCGCGCCAUCUGUAGUCACAUCUCCUGUCGCCACUCUCAUUACAUUAUCGGAGUCCGAACUGCCCGAUUUAAAAGAACUGCCCGGUGCUAAAGAGCUUCCGGAUGUCAAGUUGGAAGCGUCUGUGCCGGAUAUUCCGGACGCACCACCGUUACCAGCACCGGCGCCAUUAAGCGUGCAAGUGGCGCCCCCACCGCCUCCGCCGCCACCACCACCACCACCACCCCCACCACCAAUGGAGGCUGUAUCACCUGCCAGUAUUAACAAAGAAGAAAAAAGUUCGGUCCAAUCGCCUCCGUCGGUGGCUGGCGACGCCCACGCAAACCUGAUGGCUGCUAUUCGGCAGGCAGGGGGCGCGGGGCGCGCCAAGCUGAAGCCUGCCACUGAAUCCACUCCAAUAAAGACUCAAGCUGCUAGCGGUGGUGACCUCAUGGCUGAUCUUCACGCCAAGCUGUCGAUGCGCCGUCGAGGUAUAUCCGGCGCGGAACGAUCCGGCGGCGGCUCCGUGCUCCACACCCUGGCUAGCAUCAUACCGGGGCCCGACACCUCCUCACCGCAGAACUCUUCCACCGACGAUGACUGGGAGUAAUUUAUAACAACAUACUUUUACUCUUUACAGCAUUUAAGGCCCGUUCACAUUGAUCAUGAAGAUUGUUUAUUAUUGUUAAAUAGAGAUAAACCGAAUUGUGAUUUAAUACGAUUCCUCGAAUUGGUCAUUAACGAUUCAGCUUAAAUGUUGAUUUACAAAAUAGAUAUUUAAGUUGUCUAUAAGAUAUCGCUUUUAGAACUGAGCCACUUUUUGUAAUUGUACAUCCUUUAUUCUGUCAUUUUAUGUACAAUAAAGAGUUUAAUAUAUAAUUAAUUCAUUAAUAAUUAGUAUUUGAUUAUUGUACGUUACAUGACAGUGUGUAUACGGAUACAGAAGGUUUAGAGCUACUAAAAUAAAAGCAUGCAAAAUAAAAGAGUAUUCGUAUUAAUUCUCGAUUUGUCGAUGUGAAUGAGGCCUUAUGUAGUUGUCUAUAGACAAUAUCUAUACAAUUUAUCUUAUUCUGCUUCGCUUUUGAAAAUUAAAAAAAAAUAUGUAAAAAUAUUUUUGUGCAUGUUUUGUAAAGAAUUCUUGUAUUAUUAUAAAUGUUACUAUAUGUAAGCUGCGGCUUCUGUUGGCAUUAUUAUCUGUAAAAUAGAUUUAAAUAUAUUACAGCCUUGCCAUAUAUUUCAAUGGUCACUUCUGAACGCAAACGGUAGCAAGUAAUUGAUCUUGUACUCAUCGGUUCCCUGGAAUUUCGUUGUUACUACAUCUAGUGGGAGGUCGUCCUACGCAGCAUUGGCCUGUACGGGACCGUCACUUGUGAACAUUUUUUCCCAAUCAGUAGUCUCUUCUUAGAAAGUCUAUUAACUGUACAGUACUUCAAUUAUAAUCAGGCGACACCCUUCGCUGAUCUUUUUUAUCCACCACUUAUUUACAACAUUGUAAAGAAACGACGUAAAACUAAUGUUACUCAUGAUAGUCGUUCCACAAUAUAACCUAUUCCCCGUAUUCCCAUAAUAAGUUGGGAGUGUUUAAUACAUGAAGUAAACCUAAGCGUUGUAAAAUUCUGUAUAUGUUGCCAAAUCGAUUUAAUUGACAAAAUCUUUGACGUCUAACAUCGAUUGAAGAGAUUAAUGAUCAUUAAAAUGUAACAAGAGUCCGCGUUAUUAAUUCAUUACGCUGCUCAACACGCCAUCUUACUUUUUCUCGCGAUCCUUUCAAAUGUAAUCAAUAUGAAAUCAUGACAGAAAUUUAAAACGUCAUUAAAAUUACAAUUAUCUAUGACGAAACGAAUCAAAACCAUACUUGAAAACUAUAUUUCUAAAACAAGCCAGUUAGUUAGUUUUCAGGGGAGACCACGUGGAGGUCGACCUGACAUAGUAUAUUGUCUGCAAUGGGACUGGUAUUACUAACAAUUCCCCCCCCCCCUAUAGUAAGACCGAGUGUAUCCUACUAUAGAUGAGUGUCCCGCUGGUGUGGUGAACACAUGUGUCGUAUUGAUCCAAAUACGUUAUCUGUCAGCGAAGGGUGCCAGCCUGUUCAAACAAGCGCACGUUACUCCAUUAACAAACAAAAAUCGGAAAGGGCCUUCUCGUUCCGAGAGGUUAUUACGAUAAUCGCAUUUCUCACUAGCGGCUAUCUCGCUUUCGUUUCCGAGAAGGUGCGGGCGCAUUAAGUCUUCCCCGCAAACUAUCAACUGGUUGGACUAAUCGUCCGAUUUCAAGAAUCGACAAACAGAUAGAUGUAUAAUAAUAAUACGACGCGCCGCCCUCGUACUUACGCGGAACACCAUAAUUCUAUGACAUUCACAUCCGAUAAUCAGUUUAUUACGCCCAUUAAUAUCUCAUAACGAAUCGUGUGUUAUUAUCGUAAUUCGAAUAAUGAUGAUUGUUUUGUAAACGGUUUCGUUAGAAACUCCGUGUUUUUUUGUUUUUUUUUUUAAUGGGUAAUAAUGGUAUCCCCACCCGCGCUAUCGGUAUACACCGGCGGGGCACCAGUGAAGGAUGAUAGGUGAGGAUGAAGCAGAUCAGUUGGCCCAUCGUGACGAAUUCAACAAGAAUUGUUCACGAUGGUUUCCAAGGGGAACCACGUGGAGGUCGACCUAAUAGGGCAUAUUGCUAGCAAUGGGGCUGUCAAACUCCAUUGCUAACAAUCCCUUUCCCCCCGAAACUCCGUGUUUGUAAGUCUUAUAUUGUAUAAACAUAUUAACGACCUAUUUAUUAGAGACAAGCUUAUCUCAAGUCAUCAAAGGCCAUUAUUGUAUAGGGUGAUUACUAUUAUAGCUAGUAUGUUGUAAUAUAAGUAAGUUUCUUUCUAAUGUUAGUUAAUUUAUCGUAAUUAAGUUUAGGGGGGUUGGGGGGUGAAUCAUGAAAUUGUCCUGUUACUGAUGAAUUUACUAUAGAAUUUAACAACGACUUAGAACAAUAGAUCUGUGAAUUAAAGCAUUAGUAAUGUAGACGUAAGUUGAUAAGGAUAUGUGAUGCGCGUGCCUAGUUUUGAGAGGUGCUAAACAUAAAAAAAAAUAAUAUUUUAUUUGUAUCUUUCUGCUUUUUUAAAAAAUAUUUAACGCUAAUUUUAGCGCGAUCGUUAAGGUUUUGAUGAAUAUUAAAAAGGAUUAUUUAAAAAUAUAAAUAUAUAUAUAUAUAAUCUAUUAAAGUAAAUUAAAACAAUGGCAUUUUUAUAUUUCUAAUUGGCUUCAAGUAAUUAACGGUCCGUUGACUGAAAUCCGUCGUUCACGACUUGUUAUCAAUAAUAAUUCGUAAGAAAACGGAUAGAUAGUGGUUUUUAGAAAUCAAAACUUAAUACAAUUCGUGACAACUCGUCGUGGCGAGUUCGUCUUUUUUGGUCGUAUUCGUAUUUUUCACGAUUCGUGUACACGUGGACACGGUACUGUCGUAAGAAUGUGACCACUGUAAAAAUAAAAAUUAUUCGUCGAUGUGAAUGAAGCCUUAGGUCAAGUUCAUAAACAAGUGACCUGCUAAAAAGACUCCUGCCUGAGUCUUGACUAUGGCCCCCUAAACCGGUUGCUCUGAUCGUACAAAAUCUUUCAAUCAAAUCACUUCAUUCGACGAUGGACGGAAACAACCAAUUUAUAAACAACAAAUACAUACCGGUGUGCAUACUAAAAUGAUCGCUGACGACUUUUUACAUAUUUAUUGAUAUAGUAUUUUUGUUUAUAUUUGAUAUAAAAUAUAUAUAUAUAUAUAUAUAUAGGGUUUCUUGAAAGGGAUGCCCACACGAAACUCAGUAACGUGUAAUAUAAUUACAGAAAAAUCAUUUAUAGAAAUAAAAAAAAAUAUUUAAAAUUUUUGAUUUAACUUGGCUUUCGAUUAUUAUUAUUAAAUUUAAAAGAUUCAGUAAUUUUUUUUCGCAUUUCUUUUUUUACUUUUUACCCGAAACUCAAUAUUCAGGUAACAAUUAUUUAGUUACCUGAAUAUUGAGUUUUGGGUUGGUAUACCUUUUGACCGACCCGGUAUAGCUGGUCGUUUUCAAAUUAAUUUACUAAAUAUCUGUUGCAGAAAUGUUUAAAUAAUAAAAAGAGACACAUAAAAAUCCGUAAGAAAUGUACCUCGUAUAUAUAUUUAGUGUUUGACGAAAAUUACAUUCACGCAUAACCAUUAGAGUACUUCAACGAAUAUCAUUUAAAACUAAACUCUGAACGUGACACGGGUAUAGUAUUGGCGCAUUAGGUAAAUCGUAAGCGGUCUUUUUUACAUGUAUCACAUUUGUAUGCUGAGUAUUAGGCUCACACACUUGACAGUUAGGUUCCGAGGAAAUAGCUGUGGAAUAUUCCUUCAGAUGUCCAUUUCCCUGUAACUAGACUAUUUUAAUAGGGUUAAUGAUAACGUAUAUCUUACUAUUAUGUUAAUUAUAUGAAUAUGUAGGUACCCUACAUAUCUGUGAAUAUUAUUGUCAACAAACAGGAUUGUCUCAAUGUGUUUACUUCCCUUAAUGUAAAUUUUAAAUAGUCCCAUCAAUCUCUUCUUUGAUACGUAAUUAACAUGCCAUUUUACGUCAUCUUGUUUUAUGUAUUUCUAAUUAUAUUGUAGAAGGCGAAUGCUUAUUUUUAUAACAACAAAAUAAAUUUUAAUAUUAACUUAAAAACUUACAAGUACAGGUUACAAAAUAGUUAUUAUCUUCAGGCGCGAAUAUUGGACUUUUACUUUGUAGAUAUCUCUAAAAAAACAUGAUAAAAACGUAUUAUAAAACAUGUAAGUAGGUAAUAUAAAACUUAAAAUUUUCCUUAGAAUUACGGUUCCAGGAAAAGGUGCUAAUGGGACUGAUUAAAUUGGCUAUUAAAAAGAAUAUUUAACUAAGUACAUAAAAAAACAUUAUUGCUCGUAAUUGUCGCUUCAUUAGUUCAAUCUAUUCUUAGGUCUCGUAGUCUCUCAAAGCCUAUAUUCCUUUUUAUUUGAUUUUUUUUUACAAAUUUAGGAGUAAUUAUAUUAUUAUUAGACUUAUAUCUCAGCGAUAAGUUGACACAGAGCACAUUCGUUUUUAAAAGACAAACAGCACACCUCACGCAAUGCUUCUGGUGUUUUGGGUGUGCGGGUGGCGGUUAUUGCUUACCUUCAGGUGAACCGCAUGCUCGUUUACCCUUUGUAUUAUAAAAAAAUAACAGUAAUUUUUCUUCCCUUACUCUUUCCCAACAAUGUAACUGCGCCUGAAACCAUUAAUUUAGUAUACUUCUGUACUCAAUUUCUAUAUCAAUUUAUAAGGAAACUGCAGAGAUAAAUCACCGCACAUCGCUAGUGUCAAUGUACACAUACAUUAAUUAUACAGGAUUUGUCGGUUUUGUUUCCUUAAAUCCGUACCGAGAACGUCUGUUUGUUAAGUAUUAUAUCAACAUGUACCUACGUAACUAUGUACUUAUAUUGCUACGUCACACCAGUUAGUUCAUUCAUAAUACAUAGCCGGGUCUUGCCUAAAUACCUGAUAGUGAAUCAAUCAGUUUAUAUCGAUGACCUGUAUUCAAUCAAUUCCUCUUUUAUUGUUAAUAUUGUUUUAAUGUUUUUUCACAAGUUCCUAUACACGGCCUUAACUUCUAGGUAGAGUUCUUUAAUUCAUUGUAACGAGUCUUCUUAGUUCUUUACAAUAGUAAUCUUAAUUUGUAAUAAUUGUAGGUUUAUUUCGGAAUAUCAACUAUCAUGAAUUAGUAAUAACAUCUUAGUUAAUUUUUUUUUUAUUUAUGGGGACCUACAGAUAGCGAAACUAGCUAUAAUUUAUAAUAAAUAAUGUAUAAUGGGAAACGAUAAUCUUAGUAUCUUUCUUAAUGUUGUUAACGGGAAAGUUUAUAAAGAUAAAUGGUAUAAAUAAAAUUUGAUACUGAUGGACCAUAUGUUACGUUAAUAUAUAGGACCCUUUUUAUUCUAAUUCACGUAGGCAAAACCGUGGCAUAAACUAGCAAUUAAAUAAAAUCUGCUCCCUAACAACCAGACGAAAUAAGCCAAUACAGUUUUAUCACAUGAUUCUAAUUGUUUUUUUUUUCGCAUCUGUAUCUAUUGCGUUUCAUAUUGCCAUUGUUUUAGCUGCUAUAAGAAUUGACUAUUUAAUUGUCUAUGAAUUGUAGUAUUAUAUAUUAAAAUGUGAAAGACCAGAAAAAAGGUAUUUUACGUUUUUUCUUCGAUAUUAUUUUGGUCCAACAACAAAUUAUAAACAUUUUCUCAUAUGAGAUUUUUGAUGAAUUUUUUGCAAAUAUGAUCUGACGGCUCUGUAGGUAACAGUGAACUAUAAUAACAUUCCUGACAUAUCCGAGAAUUGCAGGUAUGUAAAUUAUAACUACUAGAAGUUUAAUCCAUGACAUACAGACGGAUAGCUGCAUGGUGAUAGCAACAGAGGAAUCCAAUUCGUUCUUUAGGCACAGAAUUCUAAGAGUUUGGCAGAUAUAUUCACAUAAAAGAUUAAGAUGACAAUACAUAAUUUAGUUUCAACAGAACAGCUAAAUUAUUCACGAUAUAUGAAAUAGGUAUAAUUAAAAUUUUGCAAUUGUAUAAAAAAAAUUAUAAAAGGCCUGAGCAGAUGCAGGCGUGAUUUUCAGCGAUUUAAAUGUACAUUUUUGUUCGUCAUAAGACUUCAUGCUACUAACAUAGUAUAUCCGUGCUAGUUUUUUUUUAUUUUUUAUUCACCAAGGAAAAUACGUCUCUCGUCUGCGCAGAUCCUAAUAAUUUUAUAUGAACACAUGUCUAUGAAUUUGUCCUAAAAUAUUUAGAACUUUUUGCAACAAUAAAUCACUGCUUAUUUCUCGCGCGAUAAAUGUAUAUCAAUUCGCACCGAGGAAUCGUGUGAUCAAUGUCGUUGGUUGUAUUUUGUAUUUAGCUUUAAGUUUUCCAGUGCUUGGUUGGUGUUUAAUACUAAAACAAGCUCACGAUACUAAAUUGUUGAAAUUAUACAAUGUGUACAGUAGUAAUAUUGGUUUAAAUGUAAAAACUUAGCUGGUAAGUGCGUAAACUAUAUUAUUAUUUUUUUAUUAGGGAUACUUGCCUCUUAUAAGUUUUAUUAAGUUUUUGACUGACUGAGUUAAUUAAUAAUAUCAAUUAAUUAUGUUAUUCAUAUUUUCAAUUUAUACAUAAAUGUGAUUUAGAAUGUCAAUUCGAUUAUGUAUUUUUACAAAAUACAAUCUAUAUACCAUAGUUCAGCUGUUAUUGUCGUGGAUAUUGUAUUAUGAUCUUAGAUAUUGGUGUUCUAUGUUGUUUUUUACAUCAGGUUUUAGUAGGAAUAAUAUAUAUUAAAAAAAAUGUUAUAUUAUUUAUACAUUUUACGAAUAAAUGGUUGGAGAUGUAAAUUUACACAUAGAGUCGCACACUAAUGCUACGCCAUGAUGAUCCACGCCCUUGACUAGACGUACGUUUAUUGUAUGAAUGAAUUUUAGAUAUUAAAUUUUCAUAAUUAUAAAUGAGAUGCAAUAA